AUGGGACAAGAACACGACUCCAAGGAGCACCUCGUGCCUGUUCUCAAGAAACUCCCACAAUGCAACUGGGCUAAAUGUUUCUGUUGUCAGUUGAGGAAGCUGAUGGUGGAGAAGCUGCGGUGCGACCGCAUAAACCCCAGCAUCGACCAGCUCAAGUCCCUGCUGGGACCCGAGUUUCUCAGGCGACAGCCCAUCUCCAAGCAGGAGAAGGCCGCCACCUUGGAGAUGGCGGUGUCCUACCUGAGAGGCCGCCAGCGGCAGCACACCGCCAUGACCUCUGACCUGACGACAGCCACUGACGGUUACGCCCGCUGCAUACAGGAGGCCAUUGGCUUCCUGUCCCGGUGCCAGAUCCAGGCUCAGGCCCACAGUCAGUUGAUCAGCCAUUUCCAGGGCCUCCUGGCGUCCGGCAGGACCAACCAGAGUCGCGGCACUGUCUACAUUCCCGGAUUCCCAUCCCACCCAGUCGCCUCCGGCAAGGCCGCAAGCGGCACCAGCUGUGGCGUUUGGCGGCCGUGGUAGGACAAGACCACGUGUGUGAAGGUCACAGGGAUCU